AUGAACUUUACAACCCCGGUGGAUGAAAAGCACUCCCAACACAAACACUUUGUGAAUGCAGCCAAAGCCGGCUCUCAAAGCCCCUAUCGAGAUCUUGCCAUGGCUGGUGUCUUAAUUCACGUGCUUGGAGAUUGUGCCAAUAAUCUGGGGGUAAUGGCAGCUGCCUUGGUUAUUUGGCUUGCUCAUUACGGUGGGCGGUUCUACGCAGAUCCUGCCGCAAGUAUGGGAAUUUCCAUCAUGAUCUUCGUAUCAUCGAUACCGUUGAUUAAAAGAGCCGGUGCUAUCUUGCUGCAAAGUGCUCCUAAUGGAGUCGAACAUGAUGAUGUGCAGUACGACUUGGAACAUAUACCGGGUAUCAUUUCAGUCCACGAGCUGCACAUUUGGCGUCUAAACCAAAAGAAGUCCCUGGCUUCUGCACAUGUCAUCCUAUCUCAUGAUGCCUUGUCUAAUUUCACCACAUUGGCAAAAACGGUCAACGAGUGUUUCCAUGCCUAUGGAAUCCAUUCAGUCACGCUCCAACCAGAAGUGUAUCCGGCUGGCAAACCGUUCUCUGUUACUGCAGAUGACGACACAUUGGGAGUCAACACUGAGGGACGUGAAGCAACGGAAGCAAAGCAAGAUCUCGCCGGUUCAGUCUCCGAAGGAUGCCAAAUUGUUUGUGGAACAUUGUGCACAGACAUGGGCUGUUGUAACUAG